AUGUCUAACUCCGAGCUCGCUGUUUCCUAUGCCGCCCUGAUCCUGGCCGAUGACGGCGUUGACAUCACGUCCGAGAAGCUCCAAUCCAUUCUGAAAGCCGCGAAUGUCGAGGAUGUUGAGCCCAUCUGGUCCUCUCUGUUCGCCAAGGCUCUGCAAGGCAAGAAUGUGAAGGAUAUUCUGCUCAACGUUGGAUCGGGCGGUGGUGCCGCUCCCGCUGCCGCCGGAAACGCCCCAGCUGCUGCUGGCGGCGCCGCGGCUGCGGAGGAGAAAGUUGAGGAGAAGGAAGAAGAGAAGGAGGAGUCCGACGAGGACAUGGGCUUCGGUCUUUUCGACUAA